AUCACCAUGGCGGAUGUCCUGACCAAGGGUGGAAGCGGAGAUGCCGUGGAGCAGAUCGAUAGCCCCAAGACCGACGGCAGCGAGACCUCGGUCGAAUCUCUCCAGCCUCUGACGCCUUCUACUCUGAAGCGUCACCUGCGCAAGGCCUACGGCCGCCGCCCAAUGGAGCUCGUGAGCCGGUACUUCAGAGCCAUCUUCGACCUCUCAGCUUACGCCAACAAGGCGGCGUUCCUGGCCCGCUGCCGCGCCAUGCGGGUCGUACCGGCGGACUACCGUGUCGAGUGUCCCGACAUUAAGAACACUCGCCACGUCAUUCGUAUCCUGGACAAGUGCAGCUACAAGCUGAUGCUGGCAGACCUGGACUACAACCGGAUGCGCAAGGUGCAGGUGUCGCGCCUUUUGGAGCUCCUGCACCAGAAGCUCGCGAAGGUCCUCAGUCACGAGGAUCUCCAUAGCGUGCUGGCUCUUUCCAAGACCAAGUACGAGAACAUCUUCGAGGUGACCAGGGAGCAGCAACAAGGCUUGUUCGCCGAUCUACUCAAGGAGUACCAGAUCAGCGGGGAGGAAGAAGAAGAAGAGAGCGAAGAUUGACGCCGGGCCCGAGGCGGCUUCACGCAACCACCCGAGGGCCCGAGGACCACCAUUUCUUUUCGCCAUGAAGGGACUUGUCCAUUCUGCUAACCUUGAUGUCUGAACGCAGGUAUGAGACGGCCUUCUACCUUGCAGCCCCAACUGUUAGGCGAAUGACCACUCGUCUCCUCAAUGGCAGUUGUUGAAAAGCUUUGUUGAACUCUGUUCUUAAUGUAGCCAGGAACUUUUUGUUGUUAGGUUUUCACCC